GACACCCACUAAGCACUGCUGAUUUGAACAAGGCCUUUAUUUGCCAGGGAAUCUGAGAAUUUCUGUAUCUUUGAUGACUUUAAGUACACGUGCAGCUCGGAAGCAGGAGUUGGUCCCUAUAAGAUUAUUCACCAUGGCAACCGAGUUCCUAUUGGCUGUUGGUGACCCAGACUGUUCUGAACUUACAUCUGCCUGCAGAUUCCAGUGUGAGUUUACCUCCUCAUUAAAUUAGGGCUUUAGUGGAUGUCACUUGCUGACUUCCUUUGACAUUAUGCUGACUAUAUUUCUAUCCAGAGCCAGCUGGCACUAGAAUGAGUUGGAGAGAGUGCCAGACGUCUACAGGAGUCACCGCGAAUGACUGGAUACUACCUCACCAACUCUUCUGACAAAAGUUGGAACUUCAGCAUCUUCCGGAAAGGUAUGGCUGCUUUUACUCUCCUCCAGACCAUGCUGCUGGUCAGCAUCAUUUCCACAUCUUUGGGAGAGAGAAAAGCUAAAGGGGAGGUGAAACUGAGGGGAGAACUGACGGAAGACGGCAAGUGUGUUUACAAUGUCCUCAUGCAACAUCAGAGAGGAGAGAUAACAUGUCAACCGUCGUGGAAGCAACUACUAUCCAGGGCAAGGAGGGAUCCCGGGGUUCAAGGUCAAGAAGGGUCACACUCUGGGGAAGUGCAGGACGACCCACUUAACAGAAAACAGACCUUGGAGGCAGCAGACGUACUGGUCUUGCUCCGUAACUUGACAGAGUGUGACUCCAGCACCGGUGACUGCUCUGUGGAUCCUUUGAUCCACCUUCAGCGACUGGAGCUGAGAACACGCGAGCUGCAGCACGAGAACUAUGUGUGCAAAAUGAACAAGACAUUUGCCGAGUGGGAAUUGGAGUUAAAGAACAAGGAGUUAAAGGUACAGACCAACGAGUUGCGGGGCUUACUUAGCAGCCGAGAAAAUGUCAUUCGUGAGCUUCACGAUCGAAUGAAUGUACUACGGCUAAAGCUACAGCAACAAGGUAUAUCUGAGGAGACGGGAGGUUCUUUGGAACAGAGAGGUUUUGGUACAGAUGCUUCUGAAUAUCAAGCUAUUACUGACAUCCUGCCUCAACUUCAAGCCCAAGAGCACUUGCUAAGAGAGUAUGAAACUGCAGUCAACUCAGUAAUACAGAGGACAAAUGAACAAGCGAAAAUCAUUGAAAACUUCCAACAUGAUCUGAGGGUCAUGGACUACAGGGUUAAGGCAUUAGCAAGAAACUUAACUAUUGCAAUGCAUGCGCAGCAGGAACAGCAAGGGGACUUCAGGGACUCUGAAAAGUAUUCACAGCUUCUGAGGGACAUGAAAGUUGAGUUAGAGAAGAACAUGGGGAAAUACAGAGAUAGGGUUUUGUCAGUUCAGGAGCGCCUUGGAAAGCAAGAGAGGCUCGUCAACCAAUACUACAAUGGCAUUCUUGAGCAGGUUCGGUCCAACCAAGCGCAGGAUGAUGCAAUCUUCAAGAUGAAGGUGGAACUGAAGGAGAUAAAGGACAGGCAAAACAUCAGCACCAUAGAAUGGCAGAACAGAUUCAACCAGCUCAUCAACAGAGCUGACCUGACUAUGGUUUACCCACAGUUCCGACCACAGGCCAAUAUUGUGGAAGGUCCCUCAGAAAUCCCUGAACAGUACCUGAGGCGUCUGAUUGAUCUGGAGGACACCGUGUCUGUCCAGAGCAGCUAUCUGAACGACAACACCAAAAUGGUUUCGGAAAUGAGACGCUCCGUGGAUUACCUUCUGCUGAGGUUCGAAAAUGUAACAAGAGCCUUUAACUUGCUACGACGGCGACCACCUGUGACGAUAACUACAACAACCGAUGGAAGCGCCAUCGAUCGAAGCAUGGUGGAACUACUGGAGGAGUAUGAGAAGAGGCUGGGAGAACUGGAGCCAAGAAUAGUCCAGUACGAGACCAAACUGGGGUACCAGGAGGAAAAGAUAAGGCGGCUUGAGCAGGAAAACCAGAUGAUACGACCAUAUCUGGAGAGGAUGUCCAUACUUGAGCAGAGGAUGAUCUUCCUUGAGGAAGCGACUGGUAAUGGGCGGAAGGCACCACAGGACGUGGUUCAGCCUGGUGGUCGGGAGGUGACACACGAGUUCCAUGCCAGGAUAACCUCACCCUCAGAGGGCUCAUCUCCAUAUGACUAUGACAACAGAGUUACGGUAUACGAGGAAAAUCAGCCUGAGGUCGGAACAGGUCAGAACACCGUUCCAACAGGAUAUGAUCCACGCUAUCCAGACAGCAACAUUGUCGUGCCGGUUGAGGGGAUCUACAUCCCUGUCCCAGGACUGCCUGGCGAUGUUGGACAGCAGAUUUCACCUCCACAGUACACCUCAGAACCCGAAACACCUCCACAGUACCCAACACCAGUAGUACCACCACAGUAUCCAGUACCAGAAGUACCACCACAGUAUCCAGAACCAGAAGUACCACCACAGUAUCCAGGACCACAAGUACCACCACAGUACCCAGAACCAGUAGUACCUCCACAGUACCCAGAAACAGUAGUACCUCCACAGUACCCAGAACCAGAAAUACCACCACAAUAUCCUGAACCAGAAGUACCGCCACCACAGUACCCUGAACCAGAAGUACCUCCACCACAGUACCCAGAACCAGAAGUACCUCCACCACAGUACCCAGAGCCAGUAGUACCACAAUACCCAGAACCAGAAGUACCACCACAGUACCCUGAACCAGAAGUACCUCCACCACAGUACCCAGAACCAGAGGUACCACAAUACCCUGAACUGGAAGUACCUCCACCACAGUACCCUGAACCAGAAGUACCUCCACCACAGUACCCAGAACCAGAAGUACCACAAUACCCUGAACCAGAAGUACCACCACCGCAAUACCCUGAACCAGAGGUACCUCCACCACAGUACCCAGAACCAGACAUACCUCCACCAGAGUUACCUGAACCUGAAAGAGAACAGCCGCCACCUGAAUAUCCUGAACCAGAGAACCCCAUCCCACAGGAAAAGCCAGAUGAUGUGUCCACUUCUCUUGAUAGUCAAGAGGGAAUAGAUGAACCUGUGGUUCUAGUGGUGGUCACAGGAGGAUCUGACUUGUGCAGUGGCAUACCGCGGGACUGUGCAGCCUUGUAUGAACAGGGGGAGGAGAACAGUGGGAUACACACCAUCUGUCCUGAUGGGGGAAGUCCAUUUGAGGUUUGGUGUGACAUGGCGGGACAGGACGGCCCUGGCUGGACUGUCAUCCAGCGGCGGCUGGACGGGUCCAUCAGCUUUGACCGCCCGUGGGAAGAGUACAGGAAGGGCCUGGGGGACCUGGACACUGAGUACUGGCUCGGCAACGACAACCUGCAUUACCUAACCAGCCAGCAGAAGUACGUCUUACGUAUCACCGCAGCGGCGUGGAGCGGAGACCUCCGAUAUGUCGACUACCGAGAGUUCGCCGUCGCAGACGAGUCAAAGGGAUAUCAGGUAUCGUACGACCGGCGCGUCUCAAACAUGGAGGGUGACUUCAUCAUCAAGGGAGCAAAGUUCUCCACGUGGGACAAAGACCAGGACACGCACACGUACGAAAACUGCGCGAGCAAGCUGGGAGGUGGCGGAUGGUACACUAAUUGUGGCAUAACCGCAAAUGUCAACGGGCGUUAUUACACUGGUGGAUCGUAUCUAAGCCAGACUGGCUUUCCUGAUGGUCUUUUCUGGGCAGCUUGGGAGGGGCCUUGGUACUCCAUGAGACUAACUGUCAUGAAAUUAAGACCUGUAGAUUUUUCUGGCUAACAACACUAGGUAGUGAGUGGCGAGACAAAGGUGUACAGUAUGCCUACUUUAUAUAGUCUCUGUACGUUCACAUUUUUAAAAUUGACCAAUGUUAAAAUUACUUACUGCCCUUUAAAAUUGCAAGCUGAUAUUCUUUUCUUUUCUUUUGUUAAGCCACUGUAACAGUUUUUACUUAUCUUAGUUUGUAGUUGGUUUGUUAUUUGUGUGCCAACAAAGUGAGGAAACUUACAAACAUAUCUAACCUAGUACCAAAUACCCAUGUACUUGUUGAAGGGAGUUUAUUUAUGUUAAAAUUAACCUUCUCCCUGCUGAAUAACCCAGUAACCAAGACAAAUUUAGUGCCAAACUGUUCCCUUAGCAGGCUGAAGGUUAUGUAGGACUGGUAGUAUUAUAUGAUGCCAAUUGCCUAUUGCAAUUUGGCUUAGAUUUCAGGCAGAAUUAUCACUAGUCUACCUCCUACAUUUUUGUACUUCAAAUCUUGUGGAGUUGUAUGAUUGUUGUUGUACAUAAUUUCUUUCUUAACACCUUUAACCUUUUCUUUAACCCACCUGUUAUCAGACUAAUAUUAUUUUUGUAAUAAGUCCUUAGACUGACAAAAAUUUACCUUCAAUGUCUGAAAGUAGAUCUACCGUAACAACAAAUUUUGUAAUGCCCACUAUUUAGAAAUACAUGUAAACAUGUAACAUAUUUCUUAAUUCAUUCUGGGAAAAAUGGAAGAAAUGGGCUUUUAUCAUUGUGUGGAAAAAAUCCAUGCACUUUCCAUGA